GCUGAUGCGCAGCAGCAUGCUUCCACAUCGUGAACACCUCCUGCUGCCUGAGGAUUAGAGCUCACACUCCAAUCUGCGCUCAACUUCAGCGGCUGUGAAAACCUCGUUCGGACUCGGCACCAGAGUGUUUCCUCCAAAGUUCCCGCUGUGCAAGAAGCAGACGCGUGCAUGGUUAUGUUUGAGAAGGAGUCAGCACAGACACGGGAAUCCAGCGCCACCACCAUGCCUUCCAACAAAUACUCUGCUGCUAUCAUGGAGAAGAGCAACAACAUGACGGCCACAGCAGCGGUGAACGGGGACACGCCUCCAGCUGAGGGCCUGUCCGAGAAUGACAGCGGAGUGGAACUGACCAAUGAGAACAGCCCCCUGACCGCGGCCGAGCCGCCUUCACCCUUCAGCCCCAAACAGAACGGAGACGCUGCCUCGCCUCAGGAUGGUAACCAGUGCUCGAGGGGAAGCAGGAAGAGGAGCAGGAAGAGACGCGAGGACGAGGAAAGCACCUGGGACUCGGACAAGUCUUCAGGAGCGUCUCAGGGCUUGAGACAGACGCCUCGACCCAGAACCAUCUUCCAGGCCGGCCUGACGCCGCACGCACACGGCAAGCCUCGCAGACAGAGCCGCAAACAGGAGCACGGCACGUCUCCGUGUCCCGGGAAUCCUCGGGCACCUGCGGUCGGGUCCGGCGGGGUCCCGGAGACCCCUCGACUGGAGCUCAUGGAACAAGACUCCAAAGACUCGGCCCAGAGCACCAGCACCUUGUCCAGCUCCGAAACCAAGCAGGAGUACAGCGACAACAAGGGCUUCGGGAUUGGCGAACUGGUCUGGGGGAAGAUCAAAGGCUUCUCGUGGUGGCCGGGGAUCGUGGUGACGUGGCGAGCCACCGGCAAGCGGCAGGCCAGCCACGGCAUGAGGUGGCUGCAGUGGUUUGGGGACGGGAAGUUCUCUGAGGUUUCUGCAGACAAGCUGGACUCCCUCACCGCCUUCCCCAAGUUCUUCAGCCAGGCUUCCUACACCAAGCUGGCCUCGUACCGCAGGGCGGUGUUCCAGGCGCUGGAGAUGGCGAGCAUCCGAGCAGAGAAAACGUUUCCUCCUUGCAAGUCGAAUAGCCCAGAGGACCAGGUCAAACCCAUGCUGGACUGGGCCAAUGGGGGCUUCCUGCCCAAAGGAGAGGAAGGACUGAAACCCACACACAUUGCCAACAGUAACCCUCUGGAGCACCACGUCCUCGACGUGUCCCUGUGCGAGUACUUCCCCAGCGCAAAGCGGCCCAAACUCAGCCUGUGUAAGAGCAAGGCUGCCCCCGAGGAGCUGUGCAACAGAGAACAAAUGGUGAAUGAAGUUCUGAAGAAUAAAAGAAGUAUCGAAGAGUUUUGUCUGUCUUGUGGGAAGACGAGUGCAACCUUCCACCCGCUGUUUGAAGGAGGCUUGUGCCCAACAUGCAAGGACGUGUACCUGGAGAUGUCCUACAUGUACGACGACGACGGUUACCAGUCUUACUGCACCGUUUGCUGCGGCGGUCGAGAGGUUCUGCUCUGCGGCAACGUGAACUGCUGCAGGUGUUUCUGCGUGGACUGUCUGGACAUCCUGGUGGACCCGGGUGCGUCCGACCAGGCGCGCUAUCUAGACCCGUGGCGAUGCUACAUGUGCCAGCCGCUGCUGCGGUACGGCGUCCUCAAACGACGGCACGACUGGAGCCUCAAGCUGCAGGAGUUCUUCGCCAACGAUAACGGACAGGAGUUUGAGAAGCCAAAGAUUUACCCAGCAGUCCCUGCAGAGCAGAGACGACCAAUCAGAGUGCUGUCCCUGUUUGACGGCAUUGCCACAGGCUACCUGGUCCUGAGAGAUCUGGGAUUUAAGGUGGGUCAGUAUGUGGCAUCGGAGGUGUGCGAGGACUCCAUCUCAGUGGGCGUCGUCAGGCAUGAAGGAAAGAUCAAGUACGUCCACGAUGUGAGGAACAUCACCAAGAAAAAUAUUCAGGAGUGGGGUCCGUUUGACCUGGUGAUCGGAGGAAGUCCCUGCAACGACCUCUCCAUCGUCAAUCCUGCCAGGAAGGGCCUGUACGAAGGCACGGGCAGGUUGUUCUUCGAGUUUUAUCGACUUCUGAGCGAAGCCAAGCCCAAGGACGGCGAGAACCGCCCAUUUUUCUGGAUGUUUGAGAACGUGGUCGCCAUGGCCAUUAACGACAAGAGGGACAUCUCGCGGUUCCUGGAGUGUAACCCUGUGAUGAUUGAUGCCAUCGAGGUCUCUGCUGCUCACCGCGCUCGAUACUUCUGGGGAAACCUGCCGGGGAUGAACAGGCCCCUGUGCGCCUCAGGGAUGGACAAGCUACAGCUGCAGGACUGUCUGGAUCACGGCCGAGUGGCAAAGUUUGGAAAGGUGCGCACCAUCACUACUCGCUCCAACUCCAUCAAACAGGGGAAAGACCAGCACUUCCCCGUGCUGAUGAACGGGAAGGAGGACAUCCUGUGGUGCACCGAGCUGGAGAGGAUUUUUGGUUUCCCCGUCCACUACACUGACGUGUCCAACAUGGGUCGCGGCGCCCGGCAGAAGCUCCUGGGCCGGUCUUGGAGCGUCCCCGUCAUCAGGCAUCUGUUCGCUCCGCUCAAAGACUACUUUGCCUGUGAAUAAGAAGAAAGCCGCCAUCACCAGCAAACACACACACACCAGCUUUUUUAUCAGGAACCGUCAGCAGCCAGCCGUUUCCUCCUCUCCGUCGGACAUUUUGGAAGGCGAAUGGCCGGUUUGACAAAACGUCAGCGCGGCGGGGAAACGGUUCGAGAUGCUGCCUGGAUUCUGCCUUAGAUCCACAUAACACACACUAACACAGAUUCACAGCUUAGAGAAAGACGUCGGCUGCCCUGGAAACAGAGGGGGCGGAGUCUAGUCAGGUGAGCAAAGGUGAGAUGGGUAAGGAGGCCAGUAGGGCGAUUCGCCAUUCAUCGGGGAGUUAAAAGGGAACGAUGACACCCACGCCUUUGCUUUGUUAACAUUAGGACUGUAGCGUGACUUUAAUAGGAUUUUAGCUUCAUUUAAACGCCCUUGGAAGGCAUCGUUUUUAAGAUAACACCUAGAAGUUUUAGAAGAUGGAGAACGGCGUAGUAGCGAGCUUUCAAUCUCAAACAAAAACACUUUAAAGGUGACUUGAACCAAAGGCGGAGCUGACGUCCUGUUCCUGUUUUACCCGCCGAGGUCAGUCCGCCGUAAUGAUGCUGUGGCUUCUGGUCCAAACGUUGCGAGUGCACUCGACAGUAAAACUGCUGCAGGAUGUUUUUAAAGGACCAAACUAAGAAACCCUCAUUGGGGAAGUUGAUCGGUAUAAGCUACUGACCUGAAGCUAACCUGGAAACAUGAGACGGGAUUUAGCUUUAUAUUUAGAUCACUUUAUAUUGAUAGACUUUGUUGAUUUUAGGAAAUAAAAGUACUUUUGUUUAUUCCUUUUUAUAUUAGCACACUAGUUUCAAGUGGCUGUAUUUUACUUUUUCGUUGUUCCUCUGACUUUCAGUCUGUUCAAGGGUUUUUGCAUGUUAAAGGUUUGCAAAGUCGAACCCAAAGAAAACACUGCUGCUGAACUGCCUCACACGCCAGUCCAGACUUUUCUCUGUCACCACGUAACUCGCUGGUGUGACAGCCGUUAAACCGGUGCGUAGUCAGGAACGCUCAAAUAAAUGACAAAAGAAGAAGUUAGUUUAGUGUUAGUUUGGUGGUAAAUGGUGUUUGAAUGUUUUAAUACAGCCAAAAACUUCAUAGAGCUAAUUAAACAUUCGUGUACAUUUCAAAAAAGGGAACAAAUAGGAAGCUAUUUACACCAAAGUAAAGCUUUCUAAAUUCAGAGCUAAUACUCUGGAGGCAUAACAGCGAUGGCACCUGACUGAAUCAGUGAUAUUGGAAUGUAAAAAUAUUUUGAACAACAAAUGCUAAACAAUGGCUUGGAUACAAAGUUAAAAGUCUGCUGGUUACAUAUGUAACAAGCUCCGGAUGAAUCCGACCAAUCGGAGCAGGCCACAGAGAGUCCUCACAGCUCCUUUUUAUAGAGGUGGAUAAAAAAGUAUCACUUUAUCACACAAACUGACCAAUCAGAGCAGACUGUGCUUGUCAGGAAGGAGAGAGCCUUAAAAACAAGCGUUUAGGUCAAAGGUUGAACAGGUGUAUAAAGAAAUGCGUUUUAUUUUGAGUUUGUAGCGAGCGUGAUGUGGGCGCGCUCAGGAUGUUGUCACGGCGAUCUCUUCAGUAUCUCUUUGGAUACUUGAAACAAGCUGAUGCAGAAAGACAAAAACUGAAAGGCAGGGAGGGGCUCAUCUUCUGUUAAUGUCUGCAGACAGCUGAUGAAUGCAGUCAUGACGUUUGUGCUACUGUAGAUGUUUUGAUGCCAUUUUAUUAGAAUCCAGGAAAGGCUGCGAGUCUCUGAGCGUUAGUGUGCGGCCUCACAGCUCUUCCUAUUCCACCGAGAGGGAGAAACACUGGUGACCACGCCUCGGCUGUGAAAGGUCACAACUGCUGUUCAUCGACGAUGUUUCCAGAAAACGUAACGAGAAACCGUCUCGCGGUGCUGUUUCCUGGUCUGUGUGGAGAACGUGUGUUUUAGAGUCCUUAGCGCUCUCUGUUGCUGCCCUUCUGAUAAGGACGUUUCAUGUGAACUCUCGUGACUACUUUAUUCUAGAUUGUCGAUUUCCCAAAAGAAGUUCCACGCCACUGCGACGCAGGUGAAGCGUGUUUCAGCGUGGCCCCCACACAGCGCCAUCUAUGGGUAGCAGUCCUGAAACACUUGUUGGUUUUUUGUUAACUGGAACACUUUGAAAUGCUGUUUUAAGGCCGUCACCAAACCAAAGUGAACGGGUAUUACCUCCUACACCAUCACGUCUGUGAGCACAUGCUGUAGCCGUCUGCUCUCUGUAUAAACAGCUUCUAUUUUAUCACUGGAACUUUGGUUUUUUUCAGUGUUCAUGUGUACUGUAUCGAUAGAAAGGUUUACAAGUGUUUUAACUCACAUUUGACUACGAACUGCAUCUUAUUUUGAAAAAUGCACAAGUCUUUGUAAAGACCCUUUUUGACUUUCAGGCUCUUUUACAGAUGUGGUGCUUCAAAAGUCACUUCAAGUGCCGCCAGGAUCUUUUUCCUGAGUUGAACGGCCUUUCACAAACCAAAAGCUUCAUGUUUACAUGCUUCAUUAAUAACUGCUGAACUCGUUGAAUGUUUUUGCUGGAAAACAAAAAAAAGGUUUUUUUAAACAUUUUAUAUGAUAGUUUAUAUUAACACAGUAUAAAGCUCGCUUUCUAAUGUUCUAGUGCAGAGUAGCUCGUAUUAAUAAGAAGUUAUUGAUGUUUUUUUUAUGAAAAGUGAGGACGCCUGUGUGUGACCUAUAAUCCCAUUGAAAUUUUUUCUUUUACCUUUUUUUAUAAAUCUUCUAUGAA